AUAAAAUAGCCAAGUGCUAGAAGGCGCAGCAGACGUAAGAACGACGGAGGGAGAUCUGGUCUUAAUCAUUGGCGAGUUUAAGGGAAGCUACGCCUGAUGUACAGAGGGGAAAUAUAGCUGAUACAUUCUGGAGAAGCGACGCCCUGGAGUGCGUUCACCAUGAUGCGCCAGAAACGCCUGGUUUUUACCCCGACCGUCACCUCAGCCGAGUCUAAAAUCCCUACGGAACCUCGUUCUGAUCUCCCACUCGCAUUUGUUUACAUCUAGAAGCCAAAGGAGAAAAUGGAGAUCAACUCAGUGUGUGGUCAGAGAAGCUUGAGUGUACUGGACCGCCUCUUACUCACUCACUCCAUCUGGCUCCAGCUGUCCGUCACCGCCGACUCCGCCCUCAACAUUCUCAAGAGGGAACCAGUAGGGACAUUUCUGGUGUGUAAGUGUGGUUCCUCCCAGAAGAAGUUGUUGUGUGUGAGAGUGGGUGCUGACAACUCUAUUUUGGCAGUGAAACAGCACCGCAUCCGAGAAGAGGAGUCCACGUUUGCUUUGGAGGGUUCAGCUUUGAGUUUCCCAGACCUGUGCAGACUUGUGGCUUUCUACUGCGUAAGCAGAGAUGUGCUGCCCUUUCCUCUGGAGCUCCCAGAGACCAUUGCUCAGGCCUCCUCACACACACAGCUGGAGGCCAUCUCUCACCUGGGCUCAGAGUUCUGGAGCUCCCAGCACACUGCCUCCACCUCCGCCCCUCUUAACGGCCCCCCGUCGGAUGGGACCCCCUAUCGGCCGACGCCCUGCUUCAUCAACCCCCUCUUCCUGCAGCCGCCCGAGCCCGUCGAGGAGCGCGCCGCCUCCAGCAAGCGCCACCGCUUCCGUCGCAGCCUGCGCGUGCGCGUCUCCACGGAGACUUCGCUCAGCCUCUCCUCAGGGGCGGAGCCAGGAGGAGGCGGUGAGGGGGGCGGCGGGGGUGGGGGUGGAGUGCGGGAUCAGCAGACCAAUCACACGCUGUAUAGGAGGGGCGGGCCGGCCGUGGGGAUGCUGAAGAGGAGCCCUGCGCUGUCGCCCACAUCAGAGGAGGAGGAUGAGUUCAUGGCCCAGCAUGCAUCACAGGACACAAACAGCAGCAGUGUGAGUGGGGAGCAGUGUCAGGAGCCGGAGCCGCAGUCCUGCACUGUGGAGGAGGCCUGCCUCUCGCUGGAGACCACCCGGGCACCCUCGCUGUCUGCUCUGGACAGCAGCAGCUCCUUCAGCAGCCUGGAGGAAGAUGACGAUGACGAAGGAGAGUGGGCAGGGCUCGGCGGCGGCGGUGGUCGCCCUGGCCGUGUCCCGGCGUCCUCAACCUCUUCGGCGUCCUCGACCUCGUCGCACUCCCAGCGGCCGUCGCUGAAGCGCAUGAGCGCGGCGUUCGUGUGUCUGUUUGCGCCGGAGCGCCGCGUGGCGCGGCUGAUCCUGCAGCUGUCGCGGGACCCGCGCUCGGCCUUCGGCGCCCUCGUGCAGGACUUCCUGUGCACCAAGCGCCAGGAGCUCAACGCCCUGCAGGGGGCGACAGAGAGCAGUGGUGGUGGCAGGGAUGCCGCCUCGGAGGUGCUCCAGGGACUGCGGAAGUUCCUCACCCAGGCCAAGGGCUUCCUGCUGGGCUCAGGCGAGCUGGAGCCCCCCAUCGAGACGCUGGUGCCGGAGAAUGAGAAAGACCUGGCUCUGGAGAAGGCCAUGUUCGGCUGUGUGCUGAAGCCCCUGCGGGUGGUGCUAGAGAGAGCCCUGCAGGCCUGGGCGGCGCGUGACGGCUCGCUGGCGCGCCUCACCGAGGGCAUGCAGGCCUGCCAGAAGGGGUGCCCGAAGCAGCGGCUGGGCGUGGCAGAGGGCAUGGGGCUCCUGGACGCCAGUGGCAUAUCGCGGGCUCGGAGGAAGCUGACGCUCAUGGCCCGGACGCACUCGCCCAUCGACAAGGUGCUCCUGCUGCUCCAGGUGUGCAAGAGGGUGUACCAGAGUCUGGACACACAGCCAGAACAGGAAGUGACAUCAGAGCACUUCCUGCCUGCUCUGGCAUAUGUCCUGGUAUGCUGCAAUAUGCCUCUGUUGCUGCUGGAAGUGCAGUAUAUGAUGGAACUGCUAGAGCCAUCAUGGUUGACUGGAGAGGGUGGAUAUUACUUGACGAGUGCCUACGCCAGCCUAUGCCUGAUUCAAAGCCGCCCACAAGCUCCGCCCACAGGCGGGAUGACCAGUGAGGCCCAGGAGAAGCUGAGGGAGUGGAGCCGGCGGCGUGGACAGGAGAAUAUCACACAUGCCCCAUCAAACCAGAACCAGAGGCUUGUCCGCGUGCUCUACCAGGAGGGAGGCCAGAGCGUGGUGCGCACCCUGCAGUGGGUGGACGGCGAGCCCGCCUCCUCACUGGCCCUCAGCUGCGCCACGGCCUUCGCCGUCGGCCAGCCGCACUGCUACGGCCUCUUCUGCCGGGCCGCCGGUGGCGAGAUGAAGCCCCUCCCACCACACGCACUCAUCCACGAGGCGCACGCCCACUCCAUCGGGUCUCUGCCCUCGCUGUCGUACCUGCGCGUGGAUCACGACACCGGCAAGGUUCGCCGGCUUACCAGAGGGGGCGCUGUGGAUUUGGGAGGCUCGGUGUGCGAGGAGUAAGAUGGAGCAGAAUAACACCAACCAGGAAGUGGGGAGUAAAAACUAAAGGAAAUGUCCUCGGCAACCAUUUUAUUUUCCUGUCAGCUUAAAAGUCCCUCUCUGGACUCACUCCUGUUGGAUGCUAAGUGUUUCUCCUUCUCGUGGCAUCAGUAUAUGAACUUAAAGUUGGAGACUUGAAAUGACUACUCUAAUGACCGAGAUUGCAGAUCAUUAUUAGCAUGGCCACCUCCAUACACUUGGACCCCCUUGGACUGUGACGGGACCUGGUGUUUCUUUGAUGUUCCUGAGGAUGCCUCCGAAGAUUAUUGAGUGCAAGGCUCUUGUUUUAAGGGAUUAGUUUCCAGAAGUUCAAGCAAUUCACCUGGCAAUAGACAGAGCAAUAUAGUUUUCCAGGUUUGUGGGCGCCAACUCUCAGUCUUUUGGUGCACCAUGACUAUUUUAUAAUUGAAGGCCCUGAAAGAUCUGUGAUUCUUCAUGCCAAGACGGUGCUGAACAAUGACAACCCUGCUAUAGAUAGAUAGAAAACACAGAGACAUCGCUAAUCUCUAACUGGCCCUAUUUUUGCUGUUUAGAUUGUUGGGGCUAAAUAUCAACUACCAAAGUGUUUAGUUUCUUGUUUGUGUUAUUUUCUCUCUCUUAUGGAGUCUCCACUUUAGGCUUACAGUAAGAGGCACAUACGAGAAGCUAUUUUAAGAUGAAUGGUUUGAUUUCUAUUGAUGGAAGGAAAGAAUGUUUUUCAAAGCAAUCUGAAACAUCAGGAGCUGGGAAAUAGCAGCUUGUGGGCGUAUGAAGACAGAUCUAUUUACACAAUAAUAGCAGACAAACAGAACACAUUUACUGUACAAAUAUAACAGCGCAAAAUUCAGUGUUUUGAAAAAGCCUGUUGCUUUUUUUCAGACCCAUUCACUGGUCUGGUGUUUCCUUCUGCAAACAAUAAAAACACAUAAGCAUUUAUAUAACAAAAAGGAAGUGUACAAAUCACAUCUAAAUUAUUUUUCCCCCUUUCUCUUUGUGCCUCUCACUCUACCAAUAUCUUUCUCUUCCUUCUGUCUUAUAUUCUCUUGAAGUUUCCUUUCGAUCUAUACAAAUACAAAAAUAACAUUCCAUGUAAAAAAAAUGUUGUUUUCUUUGUAACAGACAAUCUGAUUGGAUGGUUUCAGUGAGUCCAGCUCAUGCGAGGCUUCGCUUCAUUCGCUGAAUGUGAAAGUAACACCUUACGGUGGUCCAAUGAAUGCACAGCUCUCAGUCAGGGUGACUGCCUGCUUUGCUGCCUGUUCUGGGUCUACAGUGCCAACUGACUGUUUGACUGUGUGUAUGUGUGUGUUGGGAAGGUUGGGUUGUGAGUGUAUAUUAAUUUAUUUCAAUAUAUCUUUCAAUUUUAAUAUAAUUACUGACAAUUAUUGAAGUAUGAAUUGUAUUCAUUAUUAUGAUGACCAGUUGAAUGUGGGGAAGGGGGGCUUCAAGAUAUUUUCUUUGGAUGACAGAUAUUUCUGUGGCUGUUGAAUUUUGACAUGUGAACUUUCUGCAUGCUGUGCAGUAAUAAUAUGAGAAUGUGUGUUGUGCAUGUGUUUGUGUAUAUGUGUAUGUCUAUUCAGUAUGUAUUGUAUGUGUGUUAUGAAUAUUGGUUUAUUUUCUGCUGAAUGUGGUGACGUAAUCCACACAAGUUGUUUUUUUUUUUUUUUUUUUGUUACUGUUGGUAUUGAUUUCUUCUAAACGUUGUAUCCUAGUAGUAUCUCAGUAGUAUUGUUCAGUAUCAAACAUCAUUAAAACAAAUGAUA